AUGAUUAGCUUAUCAGUGCCAUGUCAGUGGAACAUAUGGUUCCAUUACUGGUUGCUGAACAGUGUUGACUGUCAGAUACAGACAAGGGUAUUAAGGAUAGUCUGAUUAUUUAUAUUAUAUUUUAUAAGUAAAAAACUACUUUGGUAUUUAGGAUUUUGUCUAAAGAAAGUAUGAUAAGGUGAAAAUGGAUCUAACAGUGAACGAAGACAACCUUCAAUUUAUCUGUGAUAAAUUGUUGGAGAAUGAGGGUGCUGCGAAUAAGGAACUGGAUCUUAUACUUUCUCGACAUUGUCAUGUUGAAGCUAAAUUACAAAAUAUUAGUAAAGUUCUACCAAAUCUCAUUGUUAUACGUGCAGAGGGAGAGAAGUUUAAAGAUAUGAUUGCGCACACUAACAAGCUAGCUGAGAACGUCAGUGCAAAAGUUAGACAGCUGGAUUUAGCUAGAAGCCGUGUUUGUGAAUGCCAAAAUAGAGUACAUGACAUUCUGGACCUUCAAUUGUGCAGUCAAGGAGUAGCAACUGCGCUACAUAAUGAAGAUUAUGAGCAAGGCGCUGCUCAUGUUCAUCGUUAUUUAGCCAUGGAUCAACAACUCCUUGAACAAACUGCUGAGGAUGUUUCUGGAGAUCAUACAAGUAUUACCAGUUCUCUUCUGACUCUUCAACAAGCUGCUCAACAACUUAGAGCUGUCGUCACUCAUAAGUUUGACGAAGCAGUUAAAUCUGAAGACUUAGCAUCUGUUGAAAGAUUCUUUAAAAUAUUUCCACUCCUGGGAAUGCAUACAGAAGGCCUUAAUAAAUUCUGUCAAUAUUUAUGUACAAAGCUUCAAGAAACAGCACAGAAGAACUUAAAAACAGCACUCGAUGUAAAAAGCUCUGACAAGAGAGCACCUGUUAUCUAUGCAGACACUAUGACAUUAUUGUUCGAAGGGAUUGCUCGAUUGGUAGAAGUGCAUCAACCUAUAAUUGAAACUUACUACGGUCCUGGUAGACUUCUCACGACAAUAAUGGUACUGCAAAAAGAAUGUGACAGGCAAAUAAAGAAAAUAAUUUUGGAGUUCAUGAGACACAGAAAUAUAUCCGCAAAGAUACAAAUGAUGAAUGAGUAUUUGAGGAAACAGAGUACCGAAAAAGCAGAUCCUAAAGAUCUUGAUCUUUUACUUGGAGAGAUAACAAUCAUGCACGCAAGAGCUGAAUUGUACAUCCGGUUCCUGAGAAGAAGAAUAAACAAUGAUUUAGAAAUUAGUACAACUGACGAGGCGCAGCGCAAAACUCUUCUCAGUGAGUUUGAAACAUUCGCAACAAAUUCAGAAUUGGCACGAGGAAUGCAGGAACUCUUGAGUGCCUACCUCUCCCUGGAAAGGUACUUCCUGGAGGAAAGUGUAAACAAAGCAGUGGGAAUGGAUACGUUGGAUCAAGCUCAACAAACUUCCAGUAUGCUCGAUGACGUUUUCUUCAUCGUACAAAAAUGCAUAAGACGAGUUAUUUCAAGCUGGAGUAUUGACGGAAUAUGUGCUGUUGUUAACAUGGCCUGUGGUAUCCUGGAAGGUGAAUUUGCUACCAGAUUAAGAAAUAGACUACGCCAGGGUUAUCCUGCUGGUUAUUUAGACUUAGCGCAGGCUUACAAUGCACUGCAAUCAAGUAUACAGCAAGGUCGACUACAAACAUCAGAUACAGAACUUGCUAGACUCAUGUUUCUUGCAUAUUUAAAUAACGCCGAUGUGAGCAUUGAGUAUGUUGAAUCGUUGAGUAAAAGUCUUGCUGAGGAAAUAGAUGCAGUUUUUCCAAAUAUGCAGAACAGAGAUAGGGGAAAGAUUGAAAGUUGUUUAACGGGACUCAAAGGAGUAACGUCUACUUUAAGGGCUGUUGUUGAUUACGGUUUGGAGCAGUUACGUGUCAGUGCUGUGAAGCCACGAAUAACACCUUGGGUAGAUGCUUUUCAAUCUGUCAAUCAUCAUAUUAAUGAGGAUGAAUUGUUGAGAUACGAAACAGAUGAGCCUUUUGUUCAAACAUUGGUGAUGAACCUGGAAGGAUUACUGCAAGCAUUUAAAAGUAGUCUCACAACAUCUAAUUACGAUGCUUUGAUUGGUAUACUGACAGCUGAAGUAACAGCACGAUUGGAAAAAGUUGUAUUGAGGUCAAGCUUUAAUCGCGCUGGUGGACUUAUCUUGGAUAAAGAAAUACGAUCCCUUGCCAGCUACUUGGCAGCAGCAACUUCCUGGUCUGUACGUGAUAAAUUUGCAAGAUUGACGCAAAUAGCAACAGUAUUGAGUGUUGAGAAAGUCGAAGAAUUGGCUGAUUAUUGUGGUGCCGAUGCGAUAGCUUGGCGUUUGACACCAGCUGAAGUGUAUCGUAUAGCAGGUCUAAGAACGGAUCUAGGACCUGAAGAUAUUAAGAGAUUAAAGCUGUAAAUUAUUUAUUUAUGUAUGUAUUAAGUAAAUCAUAAUAUCUUUGCAUAUGAAUUGUAUAUGUAAACACUUCUAUACUGUUCAUAAAGAACUAUUCUUUGUUUCCUUA